UACCCUCUCGCUCUAACAUUCCCUGAAUAACUAUUAGUGUGUUGAUAAACUCGCUACAGUAGAUUCUCAUCGUUUGGUCGAACCCGCUAUGUCUGGACCGCAACGCGCGACGAUCACCUAUACCGCGCCACCAUCCUUCUUGUCUACAGGCCUCUGGAAGCAGGUACAUAUAGCCCUUCAAGCACAAGUACCGCUCAGGAAUCUUCACUGGAAGUCUACUUCUCGGCCAACAAUCCGCACGAUACAGGAGUUGUAUGUGAACCUGGUCGCGGUUGACGCGCUGCGAGACGAGCACACGUCUCAGGUCCCCCAGACGAUUCUGGAGAAACCUUUGUUAAAUGCCUACAUCAUCAUGUGUGAGGAUACAGAAACGUACAAAAACAUUUUGAAGAAGCAGAUCAAGGAUUGGCAUACAACGGCUGUACAUCGCAAGCAUCAGGAGUGGCUUAUCAUACAUAUUGUCCCGCCAGACUCCAAGUCGACCAGUGCCAGGAUAUUUCAGGUGAAAGCCUCGGUGCUGGACAAGAUCAAGGCGGACUUCAAUGUCGACAGGAAGGACCGAUGCGUCCAGCUCAUAUGGUCGCCUGGGUACGAUAACCCUGCAGCUUGGGCGGAGCUCAUCAACAAGGUUAAGGAGGGAAUACUCUCUGCUUUCGACAGCGCCAUCACACAACGUGAGGAAGAGGUCAGACGUUCCGAGGGUCAAAGGCAGAUGCCUGGUUGGAACUUCUGUACAUAUUUCAUAUUGAAGGAAAGUCUUGCAUCCUCCUUCGAGGGUAUGAACUUGCACGAAGAAGCUUUACUCGUGUACGACGAGUUAGAGGUCUUGUUCUUCCAAGUGCUGAGAGACAAGAACCUCUCGUGGUUUGGCACGUUGGCCAGUCCGACUCGUAACGACGACUCGGCUCCUCUGUUGUCCGUGACCAGGAAGCCAUACCGAGAUCUCAUACUCGCAAACUCGAUAUCCGUCUUGGACUUCCGUGUCUACCUCCUUGCCAAUCAGUGUGCAAUUUUCAGCAGCAUGGGCCGCGUCGUCGAAGUGGGUCGUAAGGCCGUUACAUUUCUGCGGACCUUUAUGUGGCGAUUGCGAGAGAUCAAGGAUCAACUUCCGCCGCAUUUUGUCGAGUCUUGGACCUACUCGUCAGCUCUAAGCGUAGUUGAUCAGUGUAACGGGUGGGCAAGGUCGGCGGAAAUGACCAAGCCUGCUCUUGCCGCUUUCAACGCUGUCCGGGGUGAACUCGUUGAACUCGCUCGACAUCAACUUGAUAUCCUCGGCAUCGACUUUGGUUUCCUUCCCUGCCAACCGCCUUUCACAGAUGCUUUACCCAAGGCCAGGCCCGAGAAGACACCUAGCGCCACUCCGGAUAGUCUGUCCGCAAUAUCCAACACUGAUUUGCGCAGUGCAUUGCAAGACCAGGAGGCCUUUUUCGAGUCAUACAUCGGGCUCACUAAUCAGGCCAUUGAGCUAUACGCUAGCGCGGGACGGAGAAAGUUCGCGCUGCGGAUGCACGGAAGCCUGGCUGCGCUUGACGUUGUGCGCGGCCGGCUGUCGAAUGCCAUGCAGACGUACACGUCUUUACCGGCGCAUUAUUCCCCGCACGGGUGGACUUCACUGGAGGCCUUCAUGCUUACCCGAGCGUUGGACCUUCACGAUUCCGUGGCGAAGCCUCACGACAAGGACUGGUUACUUAUUUUACUAGAGUACCUCAAGGCAUACGUGCAGGAUCUAGGAAAGGCGCUGCUAAUAACCAAAGAUGAUCAUGUUGCCUACACGUCGUCCCUGGUACAGGCUUUACGCGAAGCUGCUUCGUCUAUUGAGACAGACAUGAUUCAGCCUGACCAUCCUGCGAUAUCACUCUCGAUUUCCGAGACGGGUGCUAAACUCUCCGAGACUCGAGACGGAGCUCUCUUAGCUGUCAAAGUCAAGAAUUACUUGCCGUGUGAUAUUCCUGUAGAUGAGAUUAGCGUUGUCUUGCAAGGCUGCGAGGGCAACAAGCUUACGUUUUCCGAGAAAAUAGAGACGUUACCCCCGGGAAACAGUGUCCUAAUGCUCUUCUGUCCAUCUGCAACGGUCGGGACGUAUUCCUUGUAUAGCGGCCAAGCCCAGAUCGCUCGACUCAUGCUCCAAUGGCUGCGCGUGCCUGGCAAUACUAAGAGCCAGAAGGCAAAAUUGCCUCCUGUCCUGGUUAGAGUGCCCAGGGACCUGAGAGCACUUGACGUCAAGCUCUGUCAGCCUGAGAUGGUUCAACUCGGUGCUCCACCGAAGGUGGUGUUGGCGCUCAACACUGGGCGUAACGACGUGUCGAAGGCAAUGAUACGGCUCGUUGCUCCGGCCGGCGUUCAAUUCCAUGUAGACCAAGCUCAGCUCGAGACGGAGGAAGAUGAUCUCACAUUCGAGACCGUCGAUAAUUCUAUGAUCUUGCUCAACAUGCUCAAGGAUACUACCAUCCGCAUGUCUGUGCCUCACACUGAUGCAUCUGCCUUCCAUGCUGUGCGAGUAGUGGUAACUAUCACUUACGUCACUGCGAAAGAGUCUACUAUCACCAGAACGGUACAUCUGCCGCGCGUGGUGCAGACCGCUCUUCCUUUGGCUGUGAAUGUCGAAGAUUUCUUCCGCGGGACUCGCCUGUUUACAAGAUUCACGCUGUCCUCUACGUCUCAUCAGCACGUCAGAAUCAAGGAGAUGGAGCUGCGGUCGACAAAUGCGAACGAUGAUGGCUUGAAGAUCACCAAAAGCAUGGUGCAGCAAUCAGGGGUCAUUACUGUUACACCUGAGCAGCCAGGCCGAUUCUUGUUUCAACUGGACUCUAAGAAGGGCAAAGGGCGAGAUCUAUUGCACCUGCACAUCACCUACCGCAUGCUUCGUGAAGAGGUGGAAUAUUUCAUCGAAGCAGCUGUUGAUGAAGCCUUAGCUGCAAAGCCAUCAACUACGAUCCAUCGUGACUUCCUCGUCAAUGCCUUCGUUCAAGCUCUGGAGCAGAACGCUUCUUGGGUAGAACUGUAUGGUAUAACUGGGGAACUCAAUGUACCUAGUCUACCUGCAGACGACGAGACAAGUGAAGUUCUCCAGGUUUUGAAACGUGGACAACGACCAGAAGACAACGAAGAGAGCUGGCGCAAGAUCGUCAUCCCGCUGGACGUCCCGCAAAUGCAUAUUCUCGCUGCUGCACGACUCUGCAUUCCGCCAAGCAUAUCCUCCUCGCCGAAUCCGUCUCCGACACCCCUGCCCCUAUACGCCGGUCAACCAAUAUCCGCGACCUUGACGAUAGAGACAUCGUUCCAUUGGGCUCCGAUCGAAGAUCUGGACAAGGAUUCAUAUGUUAUGCAAUUUGAUGUCGAGGAAAUGACUAAGGACUGGCUCGUGAGCGGCCGGAAGCGUGGUGACUUUGUCGCAAAGGACGGUCAAACGUUUGAAGUGCCCAUUACGCUCAUUGCACUCCAUCACGGCAAGCUUCCACUCCCAAAAGUGGCUGUACAAGCCCUGCCUGUAUCCACAGAAGGUCGAAUGCGAUCCGUCACCACUCCAAGUUGCGAGACGCAUCAGCUGCAUGGCGCAGAGAAGGCUUUGGUGUUGCCCCGAGGAGGCAGAACUACGUUUGUGAUUAGUAUGGGUGAUGGCCUGGCGUCGUAAAUUGAUCACAAUAAUUUAUCUUGCUUUUUAUUACGUUCUGCUCGUGACGAAGGAAGAC